UACAAUCGUUCCACAACACAAUGAAUUCAUAACUUGUGGUUGUAUACAGUAUGGAAGCUGUUCAACAAUGCCAAGAUAUUGUGCAGUUGCUAACUGUCGUUCAGGACACAAGCCGACGAUAUGGGACAGGGAAAACAAUAAGCCUACCCCACGAUUAAGCGUUUUUCGAUUCCCCGGAAAUAAAGCAAGCAAGAGAAAAUGGGCUGAAGCCAUUGGACGGAACGUGGAAAACCUGAACGGGGUCAACUGUGGCAUAUGCGAAAAGCAUUUCCGUCCUCAUGAUUUUCGUGCGGGUGCUAACAGACGCGGCAAGGAUCGGAAACGGCGACUUCUGAAGAAAGAUGCUGUGCCGUUUGUGGAACUCGCAACAGGCCGCUCAACACCUCGUCCGACGAAAUUUGCAGACCCAUCGGCACGACGACUCCGACAGGAACAAGAGGCCGAAAACCGGACACAGGCAUUCUUCGCUGACGACCAGAUACAGAACCUUGCUGAUCUCUGUCAGAAACUAAAAAAGGAGCACCUGCCCGUGGGCUUCAGGGUGGCCGAAGUCAACGUUGAAGACGUGACAGUGAUCAGCAUAAGAAAGGAGGAAGUUAGAGAACCGGCUGGCAUGCCCGUUAUAACCCACAACAUCACCAUAUACGACGACCUUCGCUUCAAGCUGCACUGCCAAGGAACUGAUGUUUCGGUCAAGACAGUCUCUGAUAUCUGUUGCGUGCCUGGAGCGUUUUCAUCAGUGUCAGAAGUGCUGAACGUGAUUGCACGUCUGAAGAGUGUCACUGUGACAGUUGCUGCUCGUCUGUCGGCAGCCACGACGCUCCUCGACACAAUCGCCGAGUCCAGCGAUGGCGAUGUCUGCCCAGUAGUCUCCUUCUGCGCUGAACAACUGCGACUAGUCGCGAAGCCGGCGAACAACAGACGGUGCUCUCAGGAGCUUCUGGGGAACGCAGUGAUUUGGGAGAGAAUGAGUCCCAAAUUGUACAGCACACUUCAACAGUCGCCCUUGCUCUGCAUUCCGCACUCAAAAACCCUCCGUCGACUUACAUCUGCACUGCAGGUUAGCGCCGGACUCGACAGCACGACAAUGGCGUACCUCCGUAUGCGAGUUGAAAAGUUGGCGCCACGAGAGCGGCUUAUCAAUAUGGCUAUGGAUGAAGUCUACUGCGCCCAGACGAUGGAGCUGGCCGGCGGGCGGCUGUUUGGCGAGCAAGAUGGAGCUAUCGCCAAGACUCUGUUCUGUGUCCAUGUGAACUCUGUCGCAGGAACAUACCAGGACAUGAUAUGCAUGCAGCCAGUCCCUCACGUCAAAACAUCCGACAUCAAUGACAUCUUCAACAAAACGCUGAAGGGGCUGACCGAGCUAGGACUCACUGUGGUGUCGGUAACAACUGACAACCACCGCACGAAUCAAGCGUGGCACAGGUCACUCGGCACGGACGGUCACCACCCGGAAUACCUGAUAAAUCCAUACUCUGAUGAUGAGAAGAUUUUCACGCUGUACGAUACAGUGCACGUGUUUAAGAACCUCUAUUAUGGUAUGAUGAGGAACAAAUCACUCCGUCUUCCGCCUCUCCCUGGUUCAGAAGACCAGCGCGACCUAGAAGUCAGCUUCGAUCACAGAGGAUCUAUGAGAUGGAGUAUGGCAACCCGGCCAAGCUUGCGUACAAGCUUACGGACAGAGUCUUGAAUCCAUCAGUUGUGGAGCGUGUCAAUGUGAAGUUGGCAUGGCGGCAGCCACGGACCAAACAACGACUGCGGCCCUACGGUACUUCGCUGAACACCGGCCUGACUGUGCAGGUUUCGCCGACACUGCAGCUCUCCUUGAAUUCAUCAGACGGUGGUUUGAUGCAUGUAACGUUAAGUCGGCGUACGCAGCGCAACGACUGAACGACAAGAGCCGCAUCGCACUGCGAGCUGCAUGUGACGACAG